AGGUUAUAUUUAUCAAAAUGGACACCAUUAUCAAUAAUGACAUUUUAAGAUAAAACAGAAGAUAUCUCUACAGUAUAGUAAGAGAUAAGGCAGUCAGUUACUAUAGAAUAAUUUUAUAAGAGGGAAAGACUACAUUCAAAUUGGUUUAUUUCUAUUUAAAUACAUAUUAUGGCGGUUUUAUCAGGUUUAAAGAAAAUAUUAAUUGCUAACAGAGGUGAAAUCGCAUGCAGAAUUAUUCGCUCAGCCAAAAAACUUGGAAUUAAAACAGUUGCAGUUUACAGUGAAGUAGACUUAAAUUCAAUGCAUGUUCAAAUGGCAGAUGAAGCAUUCUAUAUUGGUCCUGCAAGUGCUCAAGAAAGUUACUUAAGAGGAAAUGAAAUUAUUGAAGUUGCAAGGAAAUCUAAUACUUCAGCGAUACAUCCUGGUUAUGGGUUUUUAUCAGAAAAUGCAGAAUUCGCUGAACUAUGUGCAAAAUCAGGUAUAAUAUUUAUUGGACCUCCUCCAUCAGCCAUCAGAGAUAUGGGUAUCAAAAGUUUAGCCAAAGAGUUGAUGGGUAACGCUGGAAUCCCUAUAGUACCAGGAUAUCAUGGAAGUGAUCAGUCAAAUGAUAGGCUUAGAUAUGAAGCUGAUAAAAUUGGUUAUCCUUUGAUGAUUAAAGCUGUGAGAGGUGGAGGAGGAAAGGGCAUGAGAAUUGUGAAAUCUGGAAAUGACUUCUUAAAUGGAUUAGAUUCAGCUAGAAGAGAAUCGCUUCGAGCUUUUGGCGAUGAAGAUGUUCUGCUUGAAAGAUACAUUGAAAGGCCUAGACAUGUGGAAGUUCAAGUAUUUGGCGAUAAACAUGGGAAUUACGUCCAUCUCUUUGAAAGGGACUGCAGCAUUCAACGUCGUCAUCAAAAGAUUAUUGAACAGGCCCCUGCUCCUCUGAUCGAUGACUGUAAGCGAAAUGAGCUUGGAGGUGCUGGUGUUAGUGCCGCCAGGGCUGUAAACUAUGUUGGAGCAGGAACAGUCGAGUUUAUUUUAGAUACGAAAGAUUCUACCUUUUACUUCAUGGAAAUGAACACAAGACUUCAGGUUGAACAUCCAGUAACCGAAAUGGUAACAGGUGUUGACUUGGUCGAAUGGCAACUACGAGUAGCAGCAGGCGAGCCUAUACCUUUAAAGCAAGAGGAGUUGAAAUUAUCAGGGUAUGCGGUAGAAGCUAGAAUAUACGCUGAAAAUCAGGAUUUCAUGCCUACUGCUGGAAAAAUUGAAGCUAUAUCUCUACCUCAGGGAGAAAACGUUCGUGUAGAAACAGGUGUAACCAGUGGUGAUGAGGUAACUGUACAUUAUGACCCGAUGAUUGCAAAGCUGGUAGUCUGGCAUCCUGAUGGGAAAGAAGUAUUUUCAAAAAUGGAGAACGCAUUGAAGAAUUUUAAUAUAGUUGGAAUUGAAAACAAUGUGGAUUUUCUUAGAACGCUCUGCUCAAACGAGAAGUUAAUUGAUGGAAAUGUUCAUACAGGCUUCAUUGAAGAGAACAGAGAACAUUUGAAUUCAUCACCGCCAACUAAUGAAGUAGUAAUCCAGGCAGCUAUGGGAUUGAUAUUAUAUGAAAAAAGUAGUUUAAAACUUCAACCCGGCUUUGAUAAGAAUGAUCCAUUCUGCACUUUAGGUCCUUUUAGAAUUAAUCACAACUAUAAAAGAAGCAUUAAAUUCAAUUGUGCUAACAAGGAAUAUACAACUGAAAUAUCAUUUGAUAAUGACGAAUGGUAUCAUGUAACGAUAAAUAACCAGGAGACAGUUCAAGUUCGUGGUGAAAUCAGCAAUAACGACUCAUUGAUGAAUUUGAAGUUGUUCACGACAAAGAAAGUGAAGCAAAGCAAAAUCGGCAUUACAAGUGAUGAAAUAUAUGUCUUCUGUGAUGAUGGAGAUUACAAAUUCUCUUUAUUAAAAGAUGAAGAUUUAGAAGAUGACAGCUUAUCAGUAGAAAAAGGUGGAGAAACAGUUUCUCCGAUGCCUGGCAUCAUUGAAAAAAUAAACGUUAAAGUAGGAGAUUCCGUUAAAAAAGGAGAUAAUGUCGCUGUAAUAAUAGCAAUGAAAAUGGAGUACAUAAUUAAAGCUGAAAAGGAUGGAAAAGUGGCUUCAAUACAUUUCAAUGCUGGCGAUAAUGUUGCGAAAAAUGUUCCUAUCUUAACUUUAGAAAUCUAAGUUAUUUUAUACUAUAAUAUACAUUGUAAAUUGGAAGAUUGAUCAAGAAAAUGAAACAUAAAUUGUGUCUUGUAAUGAAUGUUUUUAAAUACAUAUUUUUAAUAAAAUAAAAUUUUAUUUUUUCCUUAA